GAUUAGAUUAGAUUAGAUGAUGAUGCGUUUAUAUAACGCGUCGUUUACGCGUUAUGAGUAACGCGUCUAAGGAAUAUGAAUAUCUCUCUUUGUCUUUUCUGUAUAUAAAUACUUCUCUCUCUCUUUCUAUUCCUUCAUUAGAUAUUAUCUGGUUCGACUCUCAAAGACUUUUUCCAUAUCCAAUUACAUCGUCCUCUAAAGUAUUAGCUUUAGUUUGUUAAGAAAGAAAGAAAGAAGAAAAAUGGGUGGUGGUAAAGAUAAACAUGAGGAGCAUGACAAAGGGCUCCUUGGUCAACUUGGACACAUGGUGGGACAGCAAGUAGCAGGUGGACACCAUGGCCAUGGAGGACAUGGAUAUCCUCCCCAGGGUUACCCUCCAGCCCCUGGUGCAUACCCUCCUCAGCAUGGUUACCCUCCCCAGGGUUACCCUCCAGCAGGCUACCCUCCCGCCGGCUACCCACCCGCCCCCGGUGGUUACCCACCCGCUGCUUAUCCAGGCUCAUCUGGUGGUCACCAUUCUGGAGGGCAUGGAGGCAUGGGGUCCAUGUUAGCUGGUGGUGCGGCCGCAGCAGCAGCCGCUUAUGGUGCUCACCAUCUUACUCACGGCUCCCACGGUUCACACGGCGGCCACUUCCCACAACCAUAUGGGGGUGCUCAUAUGAUGCAUGGUGGUCAUCAUGGUGGCAAGUUUAAGCACCAUGGUGGAAAGUUCAAGCACGGUAAACAUGGCAAAUUCGGGAAGCAUGGCAAGCACGGCGGCAUGUUCGGUGGUGGAAAGUUCAAGAAGUGGAAGUAAACCAUUCUGAUGUGCCUGAGGCCUAGGCCUGAAAAUAUGAUAAUAUAUAGUGAAUAUUUUGAUGUUUUGAUUCUGAUUUCCCUGAAAUAAUCUAAUACAUAACAUUCACAUUGGCAGUGCUUGAUAUGUAUUUAGUCUUCUUCUAUCUGUGCUGUUUAUUUCAAGUUUGGUUGGUUGUUGAGAGACAGUUUGCAUAUUACAACACAACACCAUACUAUUUUACUUGCUGACUUGUUAAUUUUAGGAUCACAACUUCUUGUUUUGUUUCAAUUUUUUUAUUUAUGAAUGAACACUACUUGAAAUUGUUCCAAAA